AAUGUUUGGGAUGAUCCAAAUCCGAACACCCCUAAAUCAUCAUCACCUUCCGUUGCCCUAAAAACACAGACGUUUCUGCAAGAUCAACCAAAGUAGUAGAAUUCGUAAAUCAUGGGCCGAAUUACGAUGGAGACCGCGAAGACGGUGUUGGAAGUGGCAGAAGUGGCUUUUAAAGCCGCCGAAUUCUCCCACGAACAUCACCCUCACCUUCCCCGCAACAAUGAACAUCAACAAAAAUCAGACGACGACAACCAAAAAAAGCAGGUGAAAGAAAAGGAACUGGAGGCUUUAAGAUUGGAGAAUCAACGACUCAGAGGCUUACUCGAACAGAACCUCAAACUCCUUCAGAACAUAUCCGAAUCGCCUUGCUUAUUGGAGGAUUGUCCUCCUGACCUGCAUUCUCGUAUUAUGGAUACUGUGGAAUCUCCCAAGUUCUUGAGUCAACUUAAGACCCUCCACAACAAUUCAGUUGAUGGUAUACCCUGCAGGUUUUCUCUCAAUGAUGCAUCAGGAAUGGAUCUUGAACUAGAUGAAAUUUUAAUUAAUUUUGGCCUUGAAGAACCAAGUUUGUGGAUAUGGGUCUCUGAUGAAAUGGUCCAUGGUAAUGUUGAAGAGAAGAGUGGGAUUGAUAAUGAGAAUUAUGUAGUUAUUAGCCAGGAACAGGUGGUGGAUGGCAUUGCCAACUUUAUGGCUAGAUGUAUUCUGUUAAACCCAAAGGCUAAGAAUUUGGCACCUGAGGAGAUGCAGAAGACCCUGGCCAAGGCAUUGGGUGGCAAGAGUAAGUUUGAGAAGAUAUUAGACAUAUGGCAAGCUGGGGAGAUGUUUUAUUUGAUGGCAACCUGGGGACUUGCUCUAGCAGGGUUGUACCAGAGUCGAGCAGUGUUAAGAGUUGCUGCUAGGGGCGUUCAUGCAACAAGCAAAGUUGCUAUGAGGGCCUUUUAAGGGUUGAAUUCUUGAUGCCUCUUGGUCAUGAAGUGUAAAUAUAUGUAAGUAAUAUUACUGUAUCUUUGCAAUUUGAAGAAUUCUUUUAUAACUUGGUUUUCAUCCUCAUUGUAAGACCUGAUUGCUUAAGCUUUAAAAAUGGCAUUGUAAAUAUACCAUCGACUUGCUUGUUAUCCUUU